AAAAAGUGAAAAAUGUUCCUCUAAAAGUUUCUGUUCUGUCCGUUUUCAGAUAACUUAUUAUUAUUUUAGAAUUCUAUAAAAUGUCGGAAUGACUUUCCCUCAAAUGUUCAUUCAUAGAAAUGUCUUUAUUGAAUGAUAAUUCACGUUACAUAUAAUGAGUUAACAUGAUGCCAGCAGGAUUUAUUAAGGCUUUCAUUGUGAUUCUGGCCAGCAGAGGUCAGCACCGGGCAAGGAGACGUCUGCGCCUCUGCGUACCGGUCACAUGACUAACACGGAAGUCAACAAAGUAUAGCGACAUGUAACUACUCACAGGCACCUGUCUGUCGUUAACUUCCCCCUUUCCUUCUGUGUGUGUCGUGUUCCGUCCGCUCCAUGUGUUUAAACAACGACCACCCCGAUGUAAAUGUUGGCUUCUUACUGGUCAAGUACCGGGCGUCGAUAUCGUAGUAUUUUAUUAUAGUUUAGUCAUAGAGUAAACACACUGUUAGAAAGAUGCGAAAAGAUUCGCUUCUCUCCAGCAUAAAUGUGGUGCUGGUCAUGGCCUACGGAAGCCUGAUUUUUGUUCUACUGUUCAUUUUUGUCAAAAGACAAAUUAUGCGGUUUGCCAUGAAGUCCAGAAGAGGACCACAUGUUCCUCUGGGCCACAACGCACCCAAAGAGCUCCGACAGGAAAUUGAAGCCAAACUGUGUCAGGUCCAGAAAAUCCACUUUGAACCAUGUCUGUUGUCCCCAGAUGAUGACAGGCUGAAGCAGAGAGAACACACGGGGUCAAGUUCCUUUGACUACUUGUACAGGAUGAAGGCGCUGGAUGCCAUCAGAGACACUGAUUUCCCAUUUCGUGAACUGGGUGGAACUUCUUCUGCUGUGACGGGAAAACGAUUCCGAACCUGGCUCCUGCAGCUGAAAAAUUCCCACUGCAUGUUCCGGGACAGCCAUGUUUCCCUGAUUGACAAAGUACUGGAGGGGUAUAAUAAAGCCCGGCAUGGAGCUGAGGCCUUCGGUGAAGCCGAGUUUCUUAAAUACCAAGAAGCUCUGGGUGAACUGGCCACUGUCGUGAAGUCUCAGAGUGGCGGUGGCAGCAGCAGCAGCAGCAGCACACUGACGCAGCAGCACCAGUCUGCAGCCAAGGACCUGACCAGUAUGACGGAGCCGGCCAGCAGUGCCUCCUCUCCCACCCAGACCACCUACCUCAUAUCAACACUGCAGCAGCGGAGCAAACGGCCCAGGAACUUCCUGGAGCUGAAGAACUUCAAAGAUAACUACAACACUCUUGACAGCACACUCUGAGACAAGAUCCAAAAAAUCUUAUGUCCUGCCAGCAGGGGGUGGUACAGUGAUGUUACAGCCUUUGUUUUGUUUGUUUUUAGCACUAACACAUAUUUGCCUGGUUUGCAGCUCUGUGACAUCAAACUACUGGGUCUGCACCGCUCAAGCAUACAAGGGUAAGUCAAAAAGUUCUAAGACAGAUGUUUGACUUUCAAGAGGUUGCAAUUUUUUUCUAUACUAGUGUCAAGACAUGUCUCUGAGGUUUGUCUUUGGACAUCUGUUCUUUGUCAGGUAUUGAGCAGUGUUAUGUUUUUUAUAGUUUCUUUCCAUCUUCUGAAAUAACAAUUUUAAAUGUAAACCGACGUCAAGUUUUUAAACAACCUCAGAUUGAAACCCUUUAUAAUUUUAACUAAACCACAUCAGGACAGAUUUUUCUGUGUCUCUAAAUUUGAUCAUUAUUUCUUUGUCAAAUCUUGAGCUGUGUAGUGUUUUAUUUGGUAAGAUUUUUUUAACUAUCAAAAAUUAACGGCAUAUAAAUAGAGUUUAUUUGGCCAAUUAGAUUUGAUAUUGUUUAAACGGCACAUGUUGGAAAAAGUGAUUGCAACCAGAAGGUCUUAAGUGUUCAUGUUCCUGGAGAGAGUUGUUCUCUGGUUUCCUCCCACAGUAAAAAAAAAAAGUCAUGCAAAAUGAGGUGAAUUGUUCACUCCAAAAUGAUCCUAGGUGUAAAAGUGAGCGUGAAUGCUCAUUUAUCCCAGUAUCUGGACCUGUGAUGACUGUAGAACUGUCCAGGAAGCUGGAAACGACUCCAGCUCCAAGGUUUCUUUUUCCUUUUUUUUCAUUUGUCUUAGAACAUUUUGACUUAUCGUUGUGAACUCUAUAACCCGUGCAUGUGUAAGUAGCUGCUUAGGCUAUUAGUCUGUAUAUAUAUAUAUACAGUAUAUAUAUAUAUAUACAUGUAUACAUAUAUAUAUAUAUAUAUAUUCUUGUAGCGCUGAUUUGACCAAAUCAUAAUCAAAAGCUUUAUGGCUAUGCAAUAGCUUCAGACAAUCGGUUUACUGUAUCUUGCACAAUGUUCAAAGCCAAUGCAGGUUUGUUCAAUUUAUAUUACUGUAUGUUGUCAUGGUGAUGAUUACUGUUAACGUUACUACUGCCAGAGGACACACAGCUGUGUUGUCCCAGGUUUUGUUAAUACCACAUUAAGACAGAGUUGUUGUUGUUGUUUUUUAAUUCUUCAACCACAUUAUUACGUCACCUUAUUAUUAUGGUAUAUUACACUGCACUGUUCUUACACAACUGUGAAUCAGAGUUGUUAAAGCCUUAAGUCUGACUUCAGUCUGACAGAAAAUCUUAACUUAAUUGUGAUGCUCUUCUUUCUUAAUGUUGUAUCUUAGUGCAAUGUAACUGAACAGUAUUCCGGUCCACUGGUGUCUACGGAGCCGGAGGUAAAACCUCCGCUGAUAAUGCACUGCCUGUUAACGUUGUCUGCCUAGUUUUUUUUUUUUUCAGGAUUCUCAUAGAGACCAAAUG